AAAUACUCCAAAACUCACCCCCCUCAUUACCAACAUUCCUCCAAUAUUCUCUCAGCCACCAAAAUGGCUACCGACCUUGAACAUGCCACUUCCACCAUAUAUUCCCCUUUGCCGGACUCCGACAACGGCUACCAUCCACCGUCGUCGGAACGAAGGCGACCCAUCGCCCUCUUGUCCGGAAUCUUUCUCUCCAUGUUGCUUUUUUCAUCAUUGAUAGCUCUCAUCCUCAACCAACAUAACCAACAUGAUAUUGACCAUGUAAAGUCACCGCUCGUGAAGCCCGUUUCACGAGGGGUGUCACACGGGGUGUCGGAGAAGAGUAAUUCCCAGCUCUUGUCCUCCGAUGUGGAGGUAUACCCUUGGACUAAUGCUAUGCUUUCUUGGCAAAGAACAGGAUUUCAUUUUCAACCACCGAAAAAUUGGAUGAAUGAUCCAAACGGUCCAUUAUAUCAUAUGGGGUGGUACCAUUUGUUCUAUCAAUAUAACCGAGAUGCAGCCGUUUGGGGUAAUAUUACAUGGGGACAUGCAAUUUCAACGGAUCUGAUCAAUUGGUAUCAUCUUCCUUUUGCUAUGGUCCCGGAUCAAUGGUAUGAUAUCAACGGUGUUUGGACUGGAUCCGCUACGAUCCUUCCUGACGGUAGGAUCGUCAUGCUUUAUACCGGAGACACUAAUGAGGAAGUGCAGGUGCAAAACUUAGCGUACCCCGCCAACCUAUCUGAUCCUCUCCUCCUAGAUUGGAUAAAGUAUUCAAACAAUCCGGUUAUGGUCCCUCCACCGGGUAUUGGUACUAAGGAUUUUAGGGACCCGACAACCGCUUGGCUAGGGCCAAAUGGAAAAUGGCGGGUCGCGAUAGGGUCAAAGGUUAAUAAAACGGGUAUUACACUUGUUUACGAAACGACAGAUUUCACGAGCUAUGCGUUAUUGGAUGAGGUGAUGCAUGCUGUUCCAGGUACGGGUAUGUGGGAAUGUGUCGACUUUUAUCCGGUAUCAACAACUGAGUCAAACGGGUUGGACACGUCGGUUAAUGGGCCUAGUGUUAAACAUGUGUUGAAAUCGAGUUUGGAUGAUGAUAAAAAUGACUAUUAUGCACUAGGGACGUAUGACUCUAUUAGUAACAAGUGGACACCCGAUGAUCCGAAUUUGGAUGUGGGUAUCGGGUUACGAGUUGAUUAUGGAAAGUACUACGCAUCUAAGACGUUUUACGACCAAAACAAGCAAAGACGACUUCUUUGGGGUUGGAUCGGAGAAACCGAUAGUGAAGCUGCUGAUAUUUUGAAGGGAUGGGCCUCCGUUCAGAGCAUUCCAAGAGAAGUGGUCUUUGACAGAAAGACUGGAACAAAUAUUCUUCAAUGGCCAAUCAAAGAGGUAGAGAAGUUAAGAUCCAAAAGUUGGGUAUAUCAGAAAGUGCUUCUUGAACCAGGAUGUCUUGUUUCACUUGAUGUAGGCUUAGCUACACAGUUAGACAUAAUAGCAACAUUUGACAUCGAAACGCAAACCAUAGAAGAGGCGGAUGCGGGUUACAAUUGCACCACAAGUGGCGGGUCUUUUUCACGAGGAGCUUUCGGACCAUUUGGAUUGGUGGUUCUUGCGGACGAAACGCGUACUGAACAAACUCCUGUGUAUUUCUACAUUACCAAAGGAUCUGAUGGGGUUGCUCGUACACACUUUUGUGCCGAUCAAACCAAAUCAUCAACAGCUUCAGAUGUAACCAAAUUAGUUUAUGGAAGUAAUGUUCAUGUGCUAGAGGGAGAAACUUUAAGCAUGCGAUUAUUGGUUGAUCAUUCAAUAGUCGAAAGCUUUGCUCAAGGUGGAAGGACGGUUAUAACCUCAAGGGUAUAUCCGACAAAAGCAAUUUACACGUCAGCAAAGGUUUUCCUCUUCAACAAUGCAACAGGAGUAAGCGUUACCGCAAAUGUAAAUGUGUGGAACAUGGAUUCAGCACGUAUUGACCAUUUUCCCCUUGGUCAACAUUGAAUUUAUAAGUCAACCACGUGAAUGUUAGUCAACAUAUUGUAUAUUAUGGUAUCAAACUUUUUUUGUAUUA